GAGGUCAUGCGCACAAAGGAAGGGUGCAGACCAGCGAUCUGGCACUACUAUCCCAAUUACCACCUGGCUAGCUGCAUGACAAGCGAGCCAAAGAUGAGAACGGGAGCUGCCGAAUUGCGUCUCCGAAUUCGAAACGGGGAGCUCGUCGUGGCGCCCGGCGUCUUCGAUGGAAUAUCCAUCAGGAUGGCUCUCAAGACGGGGCACAAGGCCCUGUACGUUACAGGAGCGGGCACCUCUGCUUCCUUUCUGGGUCGCGCCGAUCUCGGAUUUCUUUCGGCAAGGGACGUGGUCCAUGUCGGUUCCCUCGCUAGCCAGCUUGCUGGACCGCAGGUGCCCGUCAUCUGCGACGCUGAUACGGGCUUUGGAGGAGCUCCCCAAGUCGCGCGGACGGUGCAGGAGUACUGGAGGGCAGGCAUUGCGGCAUUGCACAUCGAGGAUCAGGUUGCGACAAAGAGAUGCGGACACCUCGACUCUAAGCAGCUGGUCGGCCAGGACGACUUCAUUGCGAGGAUCAAGGCGGCAAGCCAUGCGAGGGACCAGCUGUGCAAUGCAGACGUUCAAGAUCGCAUCGUCGUCAUUGCGAGGACUGAUGCGCUAGCGGGGCUUGGGCUCGACGAGGCGGUCUCUCGGCUGAAGAUGGCCAGAGACGCCGGCGCAGAUGUAGGUUUCUUAGAAGGCAUGACGACCGAUGCAGAGGUCCAUCGCGCGAGAUCGUUGCUCAAAGACUGGCCCCUGCUCGCAAAUUGCGUCACGGGCGGCAAAAGCCCCCUCUGGACGGCCAGCGAUUGCAAGGAGCUGGGAUUCUCCAUCGCAAUCUUUCCCACCGCAGGCCUCUUUCCCGCAGCGCGAGCACUGCAACAUUCCUAUGCCCAUCUGUUGAGCACGGGAAUCGGUGCAGAAGCGGCCACUGAUGAAAGUAGGAGCGUCGACGUGGGUGGGGCCGAUCCGAGAGGCCUUCGAAACUUCUUUGUGGACAUGGGCCUUGAAGACGAAGUCGCUCUAGAUCGCCUCGCCGCGGAUGGAACGGGACUUGGGGCAGUAUAGAUUGCACCUGUCCUCCGAGGGAUACUACCCUACCACUCUACUGUACAUCCUACUAUUGUACUGUACACGCAAGAAAGGGCAAUAGAUUAAAAGAGAAGAAGAG